AGCGCGAUGAGCGCGGGCUGAGGGAGGGUAGGGGGUCCUGCGGCCAUGGUGGCGCACGACGAGCUCGGCGGGCUGCUGCCCAUCAAAAGGACUAUCCGGGUCAUCGACGCGCAGAACCAGCACUUCAGGGAGCAGGAGGUGAGCGGAGCAGAGGCACAGGCCGGGAGCAAGUUCCCUGGCCAACCUGAUCUCUCCUUCAGAAAUGGGGCUGUUGGUUUGGGCAGCAAUCCAGGUGACACAAAAACUGCAGAUUUGGGCGAGGGAUUGGUGGGUGGGGACCCUGGUUUUGGGGUGGGUCACCUCCUGGCCAACCUGAUCUCUCCUGUCAGAAAUGGGGCAGUUGGACGCUUUGGGCAGACAAUCCAGUCGUUCACCCUUCGCAGCGACAGCAAAUCCCCUGGCUGUGCCCAGAAGUCAUGCAGCAGAUCUGCUGCUCCUACUCCCCCCAAGAGAAGGAACAGUGUCCUUUGGUCUGAAAUGUUGGAUGUCAACACGAAGGAAUCCCUGAGCACCAAGGAAAUCAAGCGCCAGGAGGCCAUCUAUGAAAUGUCCAGGGGAGAGCAGGACCUGAUUGAAGACCUGAAGCUGGCCAGAAAGGCCUACCAUGACCCCAUGCUGAAACUCUCCAUCAUGUCUGAGGAGGAACUCACCCACAUUUUUGGGGACUUGGAUUCCUACAUUCCUCUGCAUGAAGACUUACUGGCAAGUUUGGGAGAAGCAACAAAACCAGAUGGAACAGUGGAGCAGAUUGGGCCCAUCCUUGUGAAGUGGUUACCCCGACUCCACGCCUACAAAGGCUACUGCAGCAACCAGCUGGCAGCCAAAGCGCUCCUGGAUCAGAAGAAGCAGGACAGGAGGGUGCAGGAUUUCCUGCAGCGCUGCCUGGAGUCUCCCUUCAGCCGCAAGCUGGACCUUUGGAGCUUCCUGGACAUCCCUCGGAGCCGCCUGGUCAAAUACCCCCUGCUCCUCAAGGAGAUCCUGAGGCACACUCCCAAAGACCAUCCCGAUAUCCACAUCCUGGAGGAAGCUAUAUCCAUAAUCCAAGGAGUCCUCUCUGACAUCAACCUGAAGAAGGGCGAGUCUGAGUGCCAGUACUACAUUGACAAGCUGGAAUACCUGGAUGAGAAGCAGAAGGAUCCAAGGAUUGAAGGCAGCAAAGCCUUACUGUGCCACGGGGAGCUGAAGAAUAAAAACGGACACAAGCUCUACGUCUUCCUCUUCCAAGAAAUCCUGGUGCUGACACGGCCGGUGACCCGCAACGAGCGCCAGGCGUUCCAGGUGUACCGCCAGCCCAUCCCUGUGCAGGAGCUGCUCCUUGAGGACCUCCAGGAUGGAGAUGUCAAAAUGGGAGGCUCCUUCCGAGGAGCUUUUGGAAAUUCUGAUAAAGCCAAAAACAUCUUCCGAGUCCGUUUCCAGGAUCCCAGCCCGGGCCAGUCGCACACGCUGCAGGCCAACGACGUCUUCCACAAGCAGCAGUGGGUGAACUGCAUCCGCACGGCCAUCGCCCCGUUCCAGAGGAACAUUCCCGCCGCCGAGCUCACGGAGCUGCCCGAGCUGAGCGAGGAGUCCGAGGAGAACAACCCCUCCGUGCCCAACAUCCCGGCCCAGCGGCGCCACUCGGGAAUAUCCCAGAUGGAGCUGGACGAGAGCGCGGCCGAGUGCGCGGCCGUGCUGGACUCGGGGGAAGCCAAAGGGCUGAAAUCCCACAGAACCUCAUCCGGGCACCGAAAAUCCAGGGAGAAGCAGCUCAGCGGGAAGCGGAAGGAAACGCUGGUGUAAGGAGGCAGAGGAGCCCCGGUGGCACCCUGGGGGAAAACUGUUAAUUUAUAAAUAAUUCCGUGUACAUUUUGUACCGGGAGCGCCUUGGGAGCGCUCCGCGGAUCAGAUCCUGGGUUUCUGUUGGAAUGGCAGCUACUGGUGUGCAGUUACUGUUGAACUGGGGUCUGUUUUUACACUUGGAACCCAUGAGGGGCUUCCAAAACCCUCCUGGCACAUCUGAAGAGCAAAUCUGGGCUCCUGGAAGUUUUCCACAGCCGUGGUAGAGGAUGGAAAAUAAAGUGGAAUUUUAGGGGUGGAGGAUGGAAAAUAAAGUGGAAUUUUGGGGGUAGAGGAUGGAAAAUAAAGUGGAAUUUUGGGCAGCACCAGGGGUUUUGAGCAACACUGCAAAAGUCCCUUAAAGGACUCAACACCUGAAGUCACUCUGGUGUGUGGUUAUGGUAAUUCCUGCAAAUUUGCAUGUUCCAAAAGGAAAAAUCCUACAAAAACAGACCCCAAGUUCAACAGGUUCUCAAUUCACCUACUGGAAUCUUUGAUCUCUGUGUGUCCUUUGUACAUUCCUCUGUCUCACUCUUGUAUCCUGCCAACUAUUUAAUGUUUUUUUUAGUUUUGUUUCGAGUUUGGGGGUUGGGAUUUUGGGGUGGUUGGUUGGGUUUUUUUUUUUGUUUCCUUUGAUUGGUUUUUUUUUAUUUUUGUAUUUUUGUUGCUCAGACUUGGCAUUUCCUUUCCAGUACUUGAUCCUUCGUGCUCCGAGGGGUGAUGUCCCAUCUGUCCCUGACAUCACCCCGGAGCCAUGCACGGGCUGGGCGGAGACACUACUGAAAGAGAACUGCUUUACUCUAGGGUGUAGGAAGGUUGUAGCACGUUGUAAAGGGUUUGGGGAGCAGUGAGUAGAGGGGUAGCAGGGAGUGAAGGUAGAUUCCGUGUUUUUGUUGCCUUUUGGAAGUGAAACACUUCCCACCGGGAAGCAGGACUUGGAGGCAACCAAGGGGUUCUUGCAUGUGGUAGAAAGGUAGAGGAGAGGAAGAGCUGGAGCUGUGAGGAGAGGAGGAGGAGUGGUUGUAAAUACUCAGGGUGGCAGCACUGCCAUCUUCUAGCGCUCCAAAGAUGCAGGGGAAAUCCAGGGAAAGACCCAGCUUGGGAAUGGCGCUGCAGAGUGUCCUGGGAAGCAAAGUGGUGACAGCUCUGAGCACAGCAAAAUCCAGGAUGGGGGGAUCCUGGGAUCCUGCAGUCCCUGUCACCUGAGACCCAGGAUUGGGGAUUGGGAUCCUUCAGUCCCUGUCACCUGAGAUCCAGG